AUGAUGUGUUUCGGCAGUAGGGAGGAUGUCGAGGCCAAGAGGUCCAAAGAGAUAGACGCUCUUAUCCACAGAGAUGAGAAGGUUAUGCAGCGACAAGUUAAGUUGUUAUUAUUGGGUGCUGGAGAAUCUGGAAAGUCAACAAUUCUAAAGCAGAUGAGACUUAUUUAUACCGAUAAAGGUUUCUCAAAGACUGAAAAAGAAGAAUGGCGCAUUAUCAUCUUUCACAACAUUUUGGAUGGCUUGCGAAUGACAGUGGAGGCAAUGAAUGAUUUCAAUACUCCUUUCGAACACGAAAGCACCAAACAAUACCUUCCAAUGAUCACAGAAGAGAAGGAUCUCAGACCAUGCGAACCAAUUCCUCUCGAAUAUCUGAAAGCAUUCAAUGAUAUGUGGGCAGAUUCGGGUAUCCAAAAGACCGUUGAGAGAGGAAAUGAGUUUGCUCUGCAUGAUAAUUUGGGCUAUUUCUUCGAAGAUUUAGAUCGUCUCUUCAGCAAGGAAUUCGUUCCAACAGAUCAAGAUGUUCUUCGCGCCAGACUAAGAACUACUGGUAUCACCGAAACACACUUCGAUCUCGGCUCAUUGCAAUACAGAAUGUUCGAUGUUGGAGGACAACGAUCGGAACGAAAGAAAUGGAUCCAUUGCUUCGAGAAUGUCAACGCAUUGCUAUUCUUAGUUGCUAUCAGUGGCUAUGAUCAGUGUCUAGCUGAAGACAAGGAUGGAAACCAAAUGCAAGAAGCUUUAAUGCUUUGGGAGUCGAUUGCUAACUCUCAUUGGUUUAAACACUCAGCAUUGAUUCUCUUCUUGAACAAGAUCGACUUGUUUAAAGCAAAGAUUGGCCACAGCCCGAUUACCAAGUUUGGUUUCUCCGAUUUCCAGGGAGAUACUACAAGCUCGCAACAAACCUCGAAAUACUUCAUGGACAAGUUUAUUGCUCUGAACCGAAGUCCUGGACGCGAAGUUUAUAGCCAUUUCACAAACGCCACCGAUACUGAUCUCCUCAAGGUCACAAUGAGCUCCGUGCAAGAUAUGAUCAUACAGAGAAAUCUUCAAAAGUUGAUCCUUUGA